AUGAUUCUCUUACUUUUUCAAUUUAGACCUCCAGCUCUGGUUUAUCCAAUGACCAACAAAUAUUCCUUCAUCGCCACUGUCACUUCGACAUUAUUCUUUCUUUCCAAUUUCAUCAUUGACACUUUCUUUUUUGUAACAUUUGUAAGGGCGAGUUCACAUUUUUCAUUUCUUUCCAUUCUCUUGCUUUCACUUCCACUGAUUCUCAUCAUUUCACACUCUCUCAUCAAGUGCUGUAGUUUUUAUGUGUUUUAUACAAAUACACAAGUUUUGGAAAAUUGUUCCAAAUUUUUCAUUCCAAUUGAAAAUUUGACACAUCCAGAAUUGAAAUUAUUGGCAAAACAAUUGUUUUACAAGAGAGAAGAAAUGACAUUGAUUCAAGUUGUAGGAUUAUAUGUCAUCAUGUUAUUAAGCUGGUUUUUGUCAAAUUCCAAAUCUGGAAUCUGGUGGUUGACUGGAAUGAUUGUUGGCAUUCAAUGUCUCACUCAAAUUCCUUUCAUUGAGAAACAAAUUUCACGCAUUUCGACACCUCUCUUUGAAAAGCACAUUCUGUCUAAAUUUACUUUCCUUGCCUUGAUUUUCCCUGAUUCCUAUUCAGAUCUUGAACAUCAAGAACAAGAAUUCAUUCAACAAGUUGAACAAUUGAAAAAUAUUACAAAAGAGCAACAAGCCACUGCUGUCACAAAUCAAAAUUCCACCAAAUUGACCACUUCUUCACAACCUCUAUCAUCCAUCAACAAAGAAGAAGUGAAAACCCCAGUAGGAAUUCUUAAAAAACCACUCUCUACUACAAAUUCUUCAAGUUUGUCCAUAAAGAAGGAAAAGUCAGUCAAGACAAAUUUGGAAUCCAAUUCUUCUGAAGAACAUAAAUCAUCGACAAGCACCACAAAAACAAAUCAAAGAGUUCCUUCCAUGAGAUUUAAAACAAGCUCUUUAGCGAAAAUGUUAAAACAAUCUCAACAACAAGUGGAAUCUUCGUCUUUAACAUUGACUGCGAAUUCUUCUUCUGACUUGACAAACACAACAACAACGGGUACAGAAACAACAGAAGAAUCUCGUAAUGGAAGUGGAGUUGCCAUUGUUGGAAUCAUUGGAGAACGAUUGAAACAGAAAUUACAAUUGAGAACUCCUUCAUCAUCCUCACUAUCGAAAGGCAGUGAUGCUUCUGUGACAAAUGCAUCACAAGACAACAACACAUCACUUGUCAUGAAUGAAGGAAAUUCCAUGGUUGUGAAAAAAGCAAAAAUUUCAAAACCUCGUCGAGAAAAGACCCGGACAAAUGUUUCAUCCUUAUUGAAUGAUGUGAUUCAAGCAGCCAAUGAUCAGCACGAUAUUGAAUUACCAGAUCAAAAUGAAUUUGACAAGUUGGAGGAAAUUUCCAAACUCGAGAAGAAAUUGGGAGCUGUUGGAGCUUUGGCCACCAUUCAACAUCACAAAAAGGAUCAGGAAAACAACAACACGAAGGAACAACAAGAGAAUUCGACUUCUGCCUCUUCUGUAAUUGGUAAAAUGGGUGCUCGAACGGCCACCACUUCAACCUCGUCGUUAUUAUUGACCGACACAAAUCAAGAAGCGGAACAUGUAAAACCAAAUCAACCAAAAGGAGGUGUUGCUGUUGGAGGUGGAGUUAGUUUGAAGGACAUUUUAGCGGCUCGAAAUAAGCUCAACAAAACUGGAGAGAAUUUAAAAUAG